UCAUUAACAGUCUGUACAUGUACGUGUGUGUUAGGCGUCAGUCAUGACCUUCACUGAAAUACUCUUACAUUUUGGUUAUUGAUAUAAAUUUUGUAGUGUUUAAUUUGGAGAAUACUGGUGACACUUGGUUUCUGUUUCCAGACAUUAUGAUGAUGUCCACUAAAUUGAUCAGGAAUAUUUUAAGCAUUCCUAAAUUGUUGCGAGCUUCUUCCUUUUCCUGUUCACGCUGUCUUGACAACCAGAUAAAAGAAGAAACAGCAAAAUUAGUAGAACUGAAGAAGAAAAUUGAUAAUGAUCAGGGGAGCCAGAAGUUUGUCCUUAAGACACCAAAGGGAACUCGGGACUAUGCCCCAAAGCAAAUGGCUGUCAGAGAGAAGGCAUUUAAAGCAAUCAUCAGUUGUUUUGAGCGACAUGGUGCUGAGCAGAUUGAUACUCCAGUCUUCGAAAUGAAGGAAACAUUAACUGGAAAGUAUGGUGAAGACUCCAAAUUAAUCUAUGAUCUUGCUGACCAAGGAGGAGAGUUGUUGUCACUAAGAUAUGACUUGACAGUGCCAUUUGCAAGAUAUGUUGCAAUGAAUAAAAUUGAAAAAAUCAAAAGAUAUCACAUUGCCAAAGUAUACAGGCGAGACAACCCAGCCAUGACAAGGGGACGGUACAGGGAAUUUUACCAAUGUGAUAUUGAUAUUGCUGGCCAGUAUGACGCCAUGAUUCCUGAUGCUGAGUGUGUCAAGAUUGUAUCAGAAAUAUUAACAGAUUUAAAACUUGGAGAUUUCACAAUAAAGGUUAACCAUCGUCAGUUGCUGGAUGGUAUGUUUGCUGUUUGUGGGGUGCCAGAGGAGAAGUUUCGAUCCAUUUGUUCAGCCGUGGAUAAAUUAGACAAGCUUCCUUGGGAAGACGUGAAAGCAGAAAUGGUUGGAGAGAAGGGUUUGGAGCCAAGUGUGGCAGAUAUGAUCGGAGAAUACGUAAAACUUAAGGGAGGAAUGGAACUUGUGGAACUCCUGACAGCCGAUGAAGCUCUUAGCAGCAACAAGAGUGCAAAAGCAGCGCUAGACGACAUGAAACUUCUUCUUCAAUAUGUUGACUUGUUUGCGAUUGCAGAUAAGGUGUCUUUCGAUUUGAGUCUGGCCAGAGGGUUGGAUUAUUACACAGGAGUAAUAUAUGAAGCAAUAUUAACAGGAGAACAACCUGAUCUGGGAAAGGCUGCUAAAGGUGAGCCUGUGGGUGUUGGGUCAGUGGCUGGCGGUGGUCGCUAUGACAACCUUGUUGGGAUGUUUGACCCCAGGAAAAAAAAGGUUCCUUGUGUUGGUGUAAGCAUAGGAAUUGAAAGAAUAUUCUCCAUUCUGGAAGCUAAAGCUGAGGCGGCAGGCAAAGUGCGAACCACAAAGACGCAGGUGUUAGUGGCAUCCGGCCAGAAAAAUCUCUUAAAUGAACGCCUUAAACUUGCCUGCCAGCUGUGGGAUGCAGGAAUUAAGGCUGAAUUAUUUUACAAAAAGAACCCAAAGAUGCUGAACCAAUUUCAAUUCUGCGAAGAAAAUGGAGUUCCUUUCUGUGUUGUCAUUGGCGAAAGUGAGAUUGAGAAAGGUGUUGUAACUCUUAGAGAAAUGAGCUCCAGAACAGAGGAACCGAUAAAACGGGCAGAACUGUGCGACGAAAUCAAGAGACGGUGUGCAGAGCUUGAAACACAAUCAGAAUGAAAUUUAUAACCCACUGAUAAAAACAGAAGAAAUUUGACGCCAUGGCUUGUUCCCAGUCAUCUCUCAAGAAACGCGGGUGUAAUUUGUCUCAUAAGACUUAAGAGUAAACUAGUGACGAGUCCGUUUUACCCCCGUCCCUGUCCUCUCUUGUAAACACUUCAUGACGCGGGUACAAUUUUCUCACAGUAACAGACGACUGGAGACAUCUCGGCUGGACGCCUGUGUUCGACGAGUUGAAGAAGAAAACUAUAGAUACAAACGAGACCUGCAAUUUUCAAUUGAAUAAACUACAUUCUGUUGUUAA